AUGGCAUUGAUUUAUGGCUUGCAACCAUUCAAAACAUGUAAGUCCCAAAAAUCUGACAAUCUUAUUACGGAAUAUUUCCUGUAUAAAACUGUAUAUAUUCGAUUUAUAGAACUGACUUUAUGGAGUCACACCUUCCUUUUAUUGUGGCAAGCAAUUCCAGGUUUGAACGAUAACGUAAUUUGUAUGGGAUGGUACGAUUUAUUUAAAGACAGCAGUAAAAUAGUAAAGAUUUCGUUUACGCUUUUAUUUGGUUCUUACGCUUCGGUAUUCAGUUUUUUGAAAGAUGCAAAAGUUAUUUUGCUAAAAACUUUAAAAAAUAAAAUAUUUCUUCGAAUGAUGAUAGACGAAGAAAACAUUUCAAUGCAAAAUUUCUGUAACUACGUUUCUUUUUUUGUUGUGAUCGCUUCAAGUUGGUUUCAAAUUUUGAAUGUAACCUUGUAUUAUCCAUCUUUACAAAAAUCCCAAAAAUAUAACGGAGAAGCACUUUUCUGUUCCAUCGAAAUAGGACUAUUAAUGAACUUUGUCAUCGGAGGAUUCAUAUAUGGAUUAUUAAUAGUGGCAAUUUUAGUAUUUGUCGCUGAAAAUGAAUUUGAAAAUCUCGUGCAAGAACUUUCUUUAAUUAAGAAGAACGAUGUCGAUUUAAAAUUAAGAUUGGACCAAUUCAUGAUGCAUCACCAAGAACUGUGGACUUUCGUCGAACAAUUUAACGGAAAAAUAAAUAUUGUAUUGGUGAUUGCUUAUUUUGGUAUAACAUUCUCAACUUGUUUCUUUUAUUACAUAUUCCUGUUUGUAGAAAUAAGCAAUAUGCUUAGAUACGGAAUAUUAGCAACGGUUGUUUUCUGCACAUUCGUUUGCAUCAUAUUAGCCUGCUUUUUGUGCUGUUUUGCAUUUACGAUGCAGAAUGCCUUUCGAGAUAUUCGUGUCUUUACGAAAAGUGAUUUGGAACUUGAGCAAAAACUAAAAAUUCUUGAUUUCAUGAAAAGAUUUGGAAAAUUUCCAAUGAGAUUAUCGUUAUGUGAAGUGUAUCCAAUCGAUAAAAGAGUUCCUAUAAAG